AUCUCCUCAUUCUGUCUGUAGUGAAAUCAGCGCGUUUAAUAGAGACUAGUUAAAGCACACGGUGUGUAAAUUGUUUACGGAAUCGCGCUUAAUUAACUUUUAAACUGUGUUCCUAUGAAAUCCCAGUUUCUGGAAUGGUGUGAAUCCUGGUUAGACUGUCUGUUAUCCUUCAGUUUACUGUAAUACUCUUCUAUGAUCCCUUACUGGAAACUGGGAAGGAGUUUCUGAUUGACAACAGGAACCGUAUAUUAUUAAGAUUGAGACCAUAUUACACCCAUAGAAGGCGCAGUGCUGUAUGGACUUGUACAUGAUGAACUGUGAGUUGUUGGCCACUUGCAGUGCCCUGGGCUACUUGGAGGGGGAAACCUACCACAAAGAGCCGGACUGUCUCGAGAGUGUAAAGGACUUGAUCCGCUACCUGAGACAUGAAGAUGACACGAGGGACAUCAGACAGCAGCUUGGAGCAGGACAGAUUCUUCAGAAUGACCUGCUGCCCAUCAUAACCCAGCAUGGACAAGAUAAACCCCUGUUUGAUGCCUGCAUCAGGCUUAUGGUUAACCUGACCCAGCCGGCACUUCUCUGCUUUGGAAAAAUCCCAGAUGACCCAGCUUUCCGCCAUCAUUUUCUUCAAAUUGUGUCCUAUCUGCAUGCGUAUAAAGAGGCAUUUGCCAAUGAGAAAGUCUUUGCUGUCUUGAGUGAGACUCUGUACAACCUCCUGCAGCUGGACUGGGAGCAGAGGCAAGAGGAGGAUAACCUGCUGAUUGAGAGGAUCCUGCUGCUGAUCAGAAACGUUCUGCAUGUCCCUCCUGACCCCUACGAGGAGAAGAAUGUGGACGAUGAUGCUAGUGUUCACGAUAAGCUGCUGUGGGCCAUCCACAUGAGUGGAAUGGACGACCUGCUAAAGUUCUUGGCCAGCGCCCAGAGUGAACAGCAGUGGAGCAUGCAUGUUCUGGAGGUUAUCUCUCUUAUGUUUAGAGAUCAAACUCCUGAGCAGCUGGUGAGUGCAGGACAUUCCCGUUCCGCUCAGGAGAAACAGAAAGACACCAGUGAACUGGAGUCUCUCAGACAGAAAGAGCAGGCAGAGAAACGGAGCCGAAUCAUGCAGAGAGGAAACAGGCACUCUCGUUUCCGAGGCUCAUAUGUUGUUGAAGGAUUAAAGUCUAUUGGAGAGAAAGAUGUUAUUUUUCACAGUGGACUCCACAAUUUUAAGAAUUAUUCUCAUGAUGCUGGAAAGGCGACGAGGCGAGUGCCCAAGCGCAAGCAGAUGGCCCGGGACACAGACAGUCAGCGGCGCUCUGUCCUAAACGUUCGUCUGUUCCUGAGAGAGUUCUGCGUCGACUUCCUGGAGAACUGUUACAAUCGGCUUAUGUACCUCGUUAAGGAGUCGCUGAUUCGAGAGCAUGCCCAGCAGCAUGAUGAGACGUACUACAUGUGGGCUUUGAGCUUCUUCAUGGCCUUUAAUCGUGGGAAUGGCUGCAAAGCAGAGCUGGUCUCCGAGACCUUAUCUGUCCGUGCUUUCCAUUUUAUAGAAAAAAACAUCACCAAUUACUACGAAAUGAUGCUCACCGACAAAAAGGAAGCUACAUCCUGGUCUCGGAGGAUGCAUUUGGCUUUGAAGGCCUAUCAGGAGCUCCUGAUGACUGUAAAUGAAAUGGAUCACUCAAAGGAUGAAAACAUUCGCCAGAGUGCCAACGUUAUCAAGAGUAAUAUCUUCUACUUGAUGGAGUACAGGGAGAUCUUCCUGACUCUACUGCGGAAGUUUGAUGAGCGGAUGCAGCCGCGCUCGUUCCUGCGGGACCUGGUGGAGUCCACUCAUCUGUUCCUGCGGAUGCUUGAGCGAUUCUGUAAGGGCCGCAACAACCUCCUGGUGCAGAAAAAGAAGGCAAAACGGACAACGCGGAAAAAGAAACCUAGCGCUCCGACAGAGAACACACCUGAAGCUCUGGAGGAGACUUGGAAGAUAAUAUCUGAAGAACUUCAAAGUUGUGGUUUUCAGUUGUCGGAGGCUCUGACAGAGGGCGCUGUGCCGUUUGAUGCAGCAUCUGAAAUUCCUGUUACAGAGCAGCGCACCGAAGCCAUGAUCCGUAUUCAGGAUGCUGUGCUCGCCCGAACCGGCCCCGAGGCUCUCAGCUUGCUGCGGGCCGCACGUGAGGUUUGGCCUGAAGGGAACGUGUUCGGUUCUGCUGAAGUGCAGCCUGAAGAGGAGCUGGAGCUGCUGAAGCAGAUCCUCUUUGCUGAGCUUCCCAGACCCACACAAACAGAAGCUGCUAUGGAUGAGGAUGAUGACGGUGCGGAGCUAGAAGAGGAGGAAGAAUUGGAGUCUGUAAGAGUGUCUGAAACAGAGUUUAACUUCUUGGAUUUCAUUAAGAGGUUUGCCAGCCCUAACAUUGUUCGGCCGUACCUGAUCCUGUUGCGUUCGUACGCCACAAACACACCACACACCAACCACUGCGUAGUGCGCAUGCUGCAUCGUGUGGGCGUGGACCUAAAGAUGGACGCUUUGCUCUUUCAGCUCUCAGUUUUCUACCUUUUUAAUAAGAUCCUAUCUGACCCUGCAGCUUCUGCGUAUAAGGAGCUGGUUACCUUUGCCAAAUAUAUUCUGAACCGUUUUUUCGCUCUCGCUGCUCGGAACAACAAGGCCUUCAUAGAGCUGCUGUUCUGGAAGAAUGUUGGUGCUGUGAGAGAGAUGACAGAGGGCUACAGCAAAGAUGGCGAUGGUGCUGGUAAGAAAAAAGUGAUCUGGACACCAGAGGAGGAGGAGGAGCUUCGUCAGCUGUACGAAGAGCACAAGGACUCUGAAGAUCCUGAUAUUGUUGAAACGCUGCUCCCAUUGCUGAGCAACACAAACCGCACGAGACGUCAUGUUGUGGCUCAGAUGGUGUCUAUGGGUUUGGUGGACAGUGUAAAGGACCUGAAGAAAGAGAGAAAAGGCACCCGCAUUGUGCUGUGGACUGAAGAUCAGGAGCAGGAGCUUCAGAUGCUCUUUGAAGAGUACAAAGACUCUGAGGAUAUCUUAGGGAACAUUCUAAAGCAUCUCACCGCUAAACGCUCGAGGGCUCGAGUCGUAGACAAGAUUCUCAGCAUGGGCCUGGUGUCAGAUCGCAGGGAGCUGUAUAAGAAACGAAGGCGCAACACUGCAGGGAAGAGCACUGGGAUGACUGAGGAGGACUUUUUUGCCGAUCUGAGUGGAGCACCAAGAAGAGAUGCCAUAAUUGGGGAUGAGGAAGAGGAGGAUGAAUUGGAGGAUGAAUUGAUGGAUGAAGAUGAGGAUGAAGAAGAAAAGGAGGAGGUUCGGGUCGUUCCGGAGAAGAAAAACAGAAGGCGAGAGAGUGCAGUGGAAAAGAACACCAGCGUAGGCACAAUGGCCCAGAACGUACGGCGAGAGGGUUUGUCUGGGCCGGUCUUGUGGCUGCAAAACUGCCUAAAUAGAGCAGCAGAUGAUCGUGAAGAAGAUGGUGUCUCUCACCCUGUGCCGCUGGUUCCUCUGACUGAGGAGAAUGAGGAUGCCAUGGAGAACAAAAGCUUCCAGAGACUUCUCCGAAAAGUUGGCAUCCGGGCGCCAGCAGACGAGCAGGAGUCCUUCUGGAGAAUUCCAGCCACAUUGAGCAUCUAUCAGCUGCGGGUCUUGGCGACCUCGCUGAACCCAUUAAAAGAGAAUGAGGUUGGAGGACCAGCAGAAAGUGAGGACUCUGUGCCGUCGAGCGUCGCCCCUCAGCAGGAGGAUGAAGGUCCUGACAGUCAGGAGCUUAGAGCCCAGGCCCUCAGAGCCCUCCUACUAGCUCGCCAGCACAAACGCUCAGCAGAGGAUACGAAUAAAGAUUCUACUGUUGAGGAGGCGGCUCCUGAGAGUCCCAAGGGUGAAGCACAGAGUGCUGGUGUUGGAAGUAAAACUUCAGGAAAGAGGAGUCGUAUGUUGGACAGUGAUGAUGAGCAAGAUGAUGAUUCUCCAUCCAGAAUGAAUGCUGAGCCCGAGGCAGACGAAGGUUCAGACGCUGAGGCUCGUUCUGCCCCGGCUAAUAAGCGCAGGCGUCAGCGGGUGCUGAGUGACGAUGAGGAUGAAGACUAAAUGCGCUGAAUUUGAACUGUUACAGUAUAUUAUUAUUGACUAUUGACUACUCCAUCCAGCCUGGUGCUUGUAACCUCUGCUGGUCCACCUAGUUCUUGUGACUUUAUUCCAGCUUCAUUUCAGCAUCUGCAGCUGGAGGGAAAAAUAAUGUGGGCUGGCCUUCAGAGCUCUCAAGUAAACAGAUGAGUAAUCUUCACAUAGAUUAGGUAUAGCAGUCACUCCUUCAGAAGUGGUGAUGUGGUCCAAAAUAAAUAAACUGAAUUCUGGGUUUUUUUUAGCUUUGUUUUUAAAAUAAGGCCUAUUCUUUGUCAGUGCCUGUUCAGAUGUUUGAGGCUCUUGGCUUCCAUGGGCUGUUCUGGUUUGGGUGGGAGUUUUAAAAAUCAGUGAUGGUGAUAUGAAAUAUGUCUCACAAUUGAAAAUGUUUCAAAAAUGAGUUAUAUGAUUUUGAAACACAUUUUCUAUACAGUAUAUAAAGCAUCUGCCGCUGACUGAUGUUUGUUGCGUAUAUUAAUACAUUUCUGUAUUUCGUUUGAUGUAGUGUAAUUGUAGUAUUAAAAGUUAAAAACAACCAAAGCAAAUUUGUAUCUGGAAACUUCUGUCAUUGUACCUGGAAUCUUAAAAAAAUAAUUUUCCAGAUAAGCCCUUCCAACAAAUUACAUCGCACCCAUUAUUUUAUUCCACAGAUAAACUAAUUUCAUAUAUUAAUUAUUUUAAUUAAUAAAUUAUCUAUCUGUAGGAACGGAUGAAUUGGAAAAGGUUUUUUUUUUUUUUUUUCAAAAUUUUGCUCAUAUUGUCCAGCCCUAACAUAAAUAAAACAAUUGUGGUUUUGGGUUCUUCCUAAAUACAAAAAGGUGAUGAAUACUGUUAAAAAAAAAAAAAAAAAAACAGUUCAACAAUAGCAUAUCAUUGGUUACUUUCACUCCGUACACGUAUCUGUUGGAUAUUCCUGAUAUUUUACCUGUGCUACCUCAAGCAAAGACAUAAUGUUAUGGCAAGUAAGAUCACUGGUUUUCCUGCAGCAUGGGGGAGGUGAUUGUCGUUUCUGUGUUGUUUUGUACACAUUAAAGCAACGCUGUUCUUGUUAGUUGCGCAUUGUUAGUGUUAAAGUGUAUUCUCUCACUGCAGCACUGGAUUGUGCUUUAACCUGAAAACAUUUAAUAAAGGUUGGUUAUUAAA